AUGCCAGAUGCAGAGAAAAAGGCGAACUCGUCACUGCCUCGCGCCUCCUCUUCCUCCUCCCCCUCGUCAGGCUCAUCCCUGCUCAGCAUCGUGCAAUGCAGCUCCUCGAUCAUCACCAGGCUGGGCAUCUACCUCUUCCUCAGAUGGGUGCCCUCCUCCCUGGCAUGGCCCGCCAUCCCCAUUGCGUUCGCGGUCUAUGCGCUUUGCUGGCUGAUCAAACAGCCAGCGUCUUCCUCUACUCGGGCGGCCAAUGAGCUCCAGCAGCUCGCCAACGGCGUCGACGUACAGGGCGAGAAGAUGGGCAAGAGUGUAGGGAACAAGCACAACGCCGAAGACAACAGCGCGAGAGGCGACUCAUGGACCAGCUCGCUUCGCUCCCUCAUCUCAGGCAUCUCUCACCCCCACUCACCACGCAUCAACACGCUCUCCUUGCUCCUUCUACACGUACUCCCCUUCCUCCUCUUCCUCGACUCCUACUCGUCCCCCUACCUCUUCCCCUCUCACUACGCUCACUCGCUCCUCUUCAACCGCGUCGCCUCCAUAAGUCCUACAAGCGCCAAAAUUCACGUACGCUGGCCUGAGCCCAUCCCCCUCUUUGAGGGGCUAGCAGAAGAUGUGCCCGGCAGCGGGGUGCUAAGGGAUGGAAUGACGAGGGUGGAAAGACCCUUUCGCGUCGUGUAUCGCGAAGUCGUGGGGCCGAGCGGCAUGGGCGGAGUAAACAGGUGGGAGCGCGGCCCCCUCGUCGAGGUAAAGGAGGAAAACGAUUGGACAGCAACUGUUACGCUGGGCAAUCUUUGGCCGGCAACGCAGUACGAGUAUCGGCUAGCGUGGGCGCACAACAAUACCUUUGUAGACCCGCAGCGACUCGUCGACUUUGAGAGCGAUUGGACCCAAGCCCUCUCUUUGCGCUCCCCCUCCCCCUCUGCGUGGCUGGGCGCCUCUCCCCCUCAAUUCGUCGGCGGAACGCUCCGCACCUGGCCUGACCCGCGAGCAGGACGUGGUAUGGGCGGUCUCGUUGUCGCCUCGAGCCUGGACGAGGACCAAGAUGAGGAGGACGUCUACGGGGAUCGCGUACCGGUGGACGACCCGAAUCACUUCAAGUUCCUCACCUCGAGCUGCGUAAAGCCUGAUUUCCCCUAUCGCGUCGACUCUUUUCCCCUCUGGAGCUGGGCGCUCCGCCUUCUCCCCUCGGCGCCGUGGUCGACCGGAGAGACGGACAGCUGGGGAAAGCGCAACGUGAUUCGCGGCUUCGAUCUGAUGUGGGAGCGCUACCUCAAGGACAAGGCGCAGAGCAACGUUCGGUUCCUGCUGCAGCUCGGGGACCUCAUUUACGCCGAUGUCCCACGCCUCCCCUCCUCCCCAUCCCUGGAGACUUAUCGCACCCUGUAUCGAAAUCUCUUCGCCUCCCCCUCUUUCCGCCGGGUGAUGGGCCACGUCCCCAUGAUUGGGAUCUACGACGACCAUGAGAUCAAGAACAAUUGGGCGGGGAGGACAGGAGAGGGCGGGGAGUUGCCCGAGUUCGCGGAGGAGGGGGCAGGAGGUGGCAAGGCUUGGAGGGAGUAUGUGGGCGGAGGGAACCCGGAGUCUGUGGGUGGGGAAGGGGAGAAUUGGUACACGUUUAGAUAUGGGGCUGAGGCCUCCUUCUUCGUCCUCGACACGCGGCGGUAUCGCACACCUUCCUCGCCGCCCAGCCCCGAGGACCUGGACCCCACCACGCCGGACCUCACGCCCUCCACUCCCUCCGUAAAGACAAUGCUCGGCUCGACGCAGAAGGAAGCCUUGUUCCGAUGGCUGUCCACGGUGAACUCCACGUCGACAUUCAAGUUCCUCGUCUCCUCCGUGCCUCUCACCUCCCUCUGGGGCGGCAUAGACGGGCCCUUGGACUCAUGGGCGGCCUACCUAGCCGAGCGGGAGGAGAUCCUCGAGGUACUCCAAUACGUGCCCAACGUAAUCGUGCUCAGCGGCGAUAGACACGAGGCCGCCGUCGUCGGUCUUCGCUCUCUCUCCGCUCCCCACGAGGAGGGACGUUACCCCGUUCUCGAGCUCAGCACCUCCCCUCUCUCCAUGUUCUACAUCCCGCUCAUCCGCACGCUGAGUGAGGAGAAUGGGCGAGGCCCCUCUGGACAGGAGAAGAUUCUAAAGUACUUCCCCGACGGGCAGAGUAAGUGGAUGGACAUCGAGGUCGACACGCGCAGGGCUGCCGAGCCGCGUUUGGUGUUCAGGUUGUGGGUGGAUGGAGAGAUGAAGUGGAAGGCGCGAUAUCUGGGUAAGCAGGUUAGGGCACAAGUGAGCGGAGUGGGUGGGGUGGCACAGAGCUUCCUACAAUUGUUGGGUUGGAGGCCGAGACGCUGGUUCUGA